CUAUAAGAAAUAUCAAAAUGGCGUCGAAAAGAUAAAAAUAUUUUUUCCAUUGAAGAUUCAGUGAAUUUUAUCUGAAAGAAAUUAACGCCUUUUUAGUAUUACGCAGAGGAGGACUGUAGUUUAUAUUCAUCUUAAUGUUUAUGUACUGUAAAAUAAGGCAAUACAAUGUGGCACGAAGCAAGGAAACAAGAGCGAAUGAUCCGAGGGAUGAUUGUUGACUAUCGGCGAAGGGCGGAGCGCCGAAAGGAUUUUUACGAAAAGAUUAAAGCGGAGCCGACGCAGUUCCUUCAGCUACACGGACGACCAUGCAAAGUACACUUGGAUCCGGCAAUCGCUGCCGCAGGAGAAGGCCCUGCCAUCAUGAUGCCCUGGCAAGGAGACACCAACAACAUGAUAGACCGUUUUGAUGUCCGUGCCCACUUGGACUACAUACCUGAAGUGAGGAACCCAGACAUACCACCUGGAGAGCUCAGUCCAGAAGAAAGACAGUGCAACUAUGAGAGAUACAGGAUCCUCGCUCAGAAUGUCUUUCUUGGAAUAAGUGAAGACAAGUUCCUACAACAGCUGGCUAUAGAAGAACAGUUUGGAGUUACCAUAGAAGAAAAAGAGCAACAAAAAGAAAAGCUGCAUGAAAAGAAGGGAACCGGUGCUGCUAUAGGAUACAAUUAUAAUGACCCAGGAGCACAACCUUCUGGUUCUAACGGACCAGAGACUAAAAAAGUGGAACAGAAAGAUUCGGACGAUGAUUCAGAUCUGGAAAUAAUUGAUGUCGACUUGAGCAUUGAUGUGAACAAAAUGGAGGCUUCACAGGCUCACGAGUUGAACGGCGUGGGGCCGCAGUUCGGGAUGGCUGGCUGCGAUCUCUUCUCGUUCCUGACGGGCGACGCUGAUGACGCGGAACAUCAGAAACAACUGUUGCGAGAAGAGAAGGAGAAGGCCAUGUUCUCUGGCAGAAAGAGUAGGAGAGAGAGACGGGCGCAUCGAAGUUAUACUAUUGAGGCACGCAAUGACAAGAAGCUUGCAACCCGGGUCGUGAGUCCGCCGAGUUACGCGGCACCGUCGUCGAUGCCGGCUCGCUCACCCAGUUGCUCACCCAGUAGGAGCCCUUCGCCUGAUGCGGGAGAGAAUAUACAGUUUAUCACGUCUUUUGGAGGAGAGGAAGAAGAGAAACCUCCAACAGUGGCCAAACCAUUGUAUGCAGAUAAAGUUAAACAAAAUCUGAAGAUGUUAUAUGCUGAUGUCGCACGGAAACCUCGGGGCCGACAACCAUCACCCCAUGAUCGUCGCUUCCGUCAGAUAGGGCCGAGAGGGCCUAACUCAAGGUCGAGGUCGUUCUCGCGAUCCCGAUCUCGAUCGCGGUCAAGGUCACGGUCAAGAUCGCGUUCUUGGCGGAAAUCCCGUUCCAAGUCGUCUCGAUCUCGAUCCCUGUCUUCGUCUCGCUCGAGGUCAUACAGCCCCUACAGACGGACUAGGUCAAGGUCCAGAUCACGUAAUCGUAGAAACAGAUAUUCUCGAAGCCCAGCAAAGUUUGUAUUUCACACCUAUAACUCAAUCUUCAAUGGUUUACUCGUAUUUGGGUCGAGACUAAUUGUGUUUGUAUUUUCCAGUCAUGCUAGUGGCUAUGCCAAGCGUAUUAACUCCAGGUCGAUGUCGUUUGAAAGUGGAGAUAAGGGUGGUCAGAGCAAGCCGGCAGUGCCGCGGUACUACGGGCGGCGCAAGGAGGACCACUCCUCCAGCGAACUGUCCAUAGACUCCGAUUCCAGUGAAUCUGAUGACGACGCGAAAAACAAAAUGGCGGUGGGCAAUAAAUCCAAUACAAACCAGAAUCAGUUACGAUUGUCUGGAUCCAGCUCCAAAGGACCGUCGCGUGAAACACUUUCACUGAAGGAAAAACUCAAGAGGAAAAUGCAGGCACAAUUAUCAAGGCAGCUCCGCGCGGAUAAGCGAGCCGAGGCGGAGCGGCAGGAGCGCGAGAGCCGGCGCCAGGCGCGACGCGACGAGGAGAUGAGGGAACUCGCCAUCAAACUGAGGCGCAAGCAACGCGAAAUGCGGCACCAACAAAAUAGAAGAUCAAGUGAAGAUGAUUCUGAUAGGAGUCGCAGUCGGUCGUCUUCAAGGGAAUCUUUGUCAAACGACAAGAAAAGGGAUGACAAAAGUAAAUCGCGGAGCAUUUCGCCGCCACCACGCAUACCAGUUUGGGAAACUUCCAAAGAGUCCACAUCAACGUCACAGAGGUCUAGACCAUCAGAAUACGGAGAAAAUUCACACUACGCAGAGAGGAGGCGUUACCAGGAACCAGAUGCAAAAGAAGACAGGAGAAAUGACGAUGAAAGGCCCCCACACUAUUCUAAUAGAUACGAUAAGUAUCAGAAUCGCGAACAAGGGCCUAGAUAUGACAGUUAUAGUCGGUAUGACAACCAGAGUUAUAGCGGUGAAGGCAGGUGGAAAGAGGAAAGCUAUACUCCCGGGAGGAGGAGGCCAUAUGGACAUAGGGGAGGGUACAAAGGCCAUGGGUUUAGGCACAGUGAACACGGAAGCCCUUCACAGGAUUACGACAGAGAAUCCUCAGAUGCCUACACAAGGAGCAAAGUCAAACUUGUAGAUUAUUAGAUAGACGGUAUUCAAAUGCGUUAAUGCCAAAAUAGUUAAAUCUAUGUAGGUAUUCAAAUGUUAGCUGUGUAGGAUGUUACGUAGACGUUUACUUUCAACAUAUCUUAGUUAAGUUCGUAGGGAUUACCAUUUGUUUUUAUGGAUUUUUGUUACACCCUAAAUUAAUUGUCGAGUAUUUAUGGCAACUGUUUUGCAAUAAGUAGGUGUACGUUUUUGUAAUUCUUGUUGUUUUUAUUUGAUUCUAAUAAUAUCUUAUUGGCCUUAUUUUCUUUCAUUGGCCUAUGGUAUUUAUUGUCACUGUCCCUAUUUCUACAAAAUAAACUGUAUUUUUGUAUUUUAACACUUAUCUGGUUUGUGUAGCAGCUCUUCCCAUUUGUAUAUUAAUUUUACCGUAAUAUAAUGAUGUAUUGCACUA